AUGGCACCCAACACAGGAGACUCUAAUGUGAAUGAUGAACAACCAGCACAGCUUGUAGAUGGCACUUCAGGGCAGAAACAGGACCGAGAAGAAGGCAUUUGGUCUUCCAUACUGGACAGUGUAUCGUCCUCUAAGGUUAUUCCAACAAAAAACGCAAUAAUACUAGGUGAUAAGGAGUCGGGAAAAUCCACUCUCAUCAGUUAUUUAAAGGGUGAAGACGAUUCGGACCGCAACAGCAGUCUUAACAAAGCAGAGGAUGAAUUAUCAAAAGGAGACAAUCAGAGUAAUGACUUGGCACUUAGUUAUACAUUUGUUGAUAUUGACGAUGAUGAAGCUGAAGAUGACACAAUCGCUCGUCUUGGAUUUUACCAGCUGGCGGGCUCAGAUAAAGCCUAUCAUUCUUUGCUUCGUUUCGCUCUCAAUCUAACAACGCUACCAGAAUCGCUUAUUGUGAUAGUCUUGGAUUGGUCUCGUCCGUGGACUUUCGUCGAGACGUUGCAGCGUUGGAUCAAAGUGGUUGAACAGGCAAUCGAUUCUGUGAAGAAAGAGGGUGAAUCUGGUUCAAAGAAUGGUUGGACAAAGGGCAAAGUUCUAGUUGAAGAAAUGACGGAAUUAUUGGAAAAGUUUAUUCAGUCAUAUAGCGACUCUGAGACAUCUGCACCUAAUUCCAAUGUUCUUGAACCUGAAUCGGACGUGGCACUUCCUAUGGGUCCAGGAACUCUAACAACUAAUUUGGGCAUUCCGUUAGUUGUCGUUUGCGCAAAGUCUGAUAAUAUUUCAAAUCUCGAGCAAGAUUCUAAAUUCAAAUUCAAAGAAGAACAGUUUGAAUACAUACAGCAAAGUUUACGAACAGUCUGCCUUAAGUAUGGCGCCGCUUUGUUCUACACAUCUAUUCAACAUCCAGAAACAAUCAAGAAUCUUCGUAAAUACAUUCUCUACAGACUUCUUGGUGCAAAAUCAUCUUCAAGCACCAACAAAUCUGCAUUUGCUUUUAAUUUAAAGACUGACGUUGUUAACAAAGAGCAAGUAAUGAUUCCAACUGGAUGGGAUUCUUGGGCAAAGAUCAAUAUUUCCCGAGAAUUCGAUUGUAAAGGUUUGUCGGAGGGAUGGGAUGACGACAUUGAUCGGGACGAUAGUAAUCAGUCAGAUGAUAGUAGUGUGAGCGCUAAAAAGAUAUACGAUGAAGUCAUCUAUAAGGAAGAUGACGACAAGCCGUUGUCAGAACAAGAUAUGAUUGUUGCUGAAGACGAACAAGACUUCUUUAAGGAAUAUUAUGAUACAUUCUCGAAAGCAAAUGGCGAAAAAGUGCAAAUGGCACCAUCGGUGGUUGGGCCAAUGGGUGCAGCAGCUUAUACAGCUGCAUACACUAACAUUGGUGGAAUUGACGAAGAGAGAUGGGCUAAACUCGGGAUUGGCAACAAAGGGGAUCAAAGCAAAAGUACAGCCCAAGUGCCGGCUUCUAACGGUGUUCCUACAAAUGGCACUGUAAAUGGCGUAGGGGCAUCGGCACAAGGACCUUCCCAGAAUGAAGUUCUUCAUAAUUUCUUCCAAGGGCUUCUUGAAAAGAAGGCACUCAAUUCAGGCACAAGUAGAUCCUCACAAUCAUCUGCGAAUGGUUCCGCAACCAACUUAUCUUCAGAAAACCCUAAAUUGUCGACUGCCGCUACGAAUGGAACAACACGGAAGAUGGUAAAGGAAGAACUUGAGAAAUUGAGAAUUGGUACUGUCGGUACUGUCGGCAAAUGA